AUGUCUGACACCACCGAGACGCCGCAACCGCCCCCGACCAUCGAGGUCGAGGAGCCGGAGAGCGCUUCAUCACCUCCUCCUGAAUCCGCCGAUGAGCCUCCCGUUCCUCCACCGCCCACUCCUGCCGCGGAAGAGAUCCCCCAGCCAAUGUUUCCAGAAGAGACGAUGGUCGUCACUACGGAAGAUGGCAAGGUUGUCGAAGCUGUUGUGACUGAGCCGGCUGACGAGGGUGUGGUCGUCGUUGAGGCUAUCCUGACGCCUGAACCGGAGCAAGCGAUAGAGCCUCCAAAGGAUCCCGAGCCAGAGCCAGUGAACGAACCUGAACCAGAACCUCAACCUGAGCCGGAACCGCCGAACGAACCUGAACCUGAACCCCAGCCCGAACCCGAGCCAAUACAGGAGGAGGAGCCGGAGAAAGACCCUGAGCCUCAACUAGAGCCAGAACCUGUCGAAGAGACCGAGCCCGAGCAGCACCCAGAGCCUCAGCCAGAGCCGCAACCUGAGGAAGAAGCAGUGCCGGUAUCACGUGUUCAACAAGAAGAAGAGCAGGCACAGGAAGACCCUAUUCUGGAGCCGGAGCUGGAACCCGCUCAGGAGCCAGAACCUGAGCCGGAGCCUGAGCAAGAGCCUGAGCCGGAACCAUCGCAACCAGAGGAGCCUGCUCCUGUAACUGAGCCAGUUGAACCUCCAAAUGAACCUGAGCCUGAAAAAGAGCCUGAGCCUGAACCCGAGCCUCAACCAGAGCCAGAGCCGGAACCACAGCCGGAGUUGGAGCCUGAAUCUCAACCCGAACCCUCUCCGCCUCAAGAGGAGUCCCAGCCAGAACCUGAGCCCAUGCCGGUGUCUCGCAUCCAAGAACAACCUGAGCAAGAAGAACCAGCGCUAGAACCAAUUACGGAAGAAGAAGUCCUGUCGGAAUCCCAGCCUGAGCCUUCACCUCCCCCAGAAGACCCGCAACCCGAACCGGAGCCUGAACCAGAGCAGUCGAUGGAGGAGCUCAUCGAGGCCAUUCUGGAUGCGGAACCGGAGACCUCUGAGCCUGUUCUGGAGGACCUAGUGGAGGAGCCAACGGAAAAUGAGGUGGUACCGCCUCAAGAAGAGGUGCCCGAGGCCGUCGAGGAAGAUGUCGUUCCGGAAGAGCAGCCAGAAGAAGUCGAGGAGCCGCUGCCUCCGCCAGAGGAACAGCCAGAGGAAGCCGAACCGGAGCCAGUUGCGGAAGAGGCUCCAAAAGAGGAAGAGGAGGCGCCCGUUCAAGAAGAGCCUCCAAAGGAGGAGGAAAGCGAGCCCACUCAGGAAGAUCCGCCAAAGGAGGAAGAAGCGGCACCUCUUGAAGAGGAAGGCCCGAAGGAAGUGGAACCGCCGCCAGUCCCAGAAGUCAAAGCCAUCAAGCCCAGCAAAAGGGACAAGAUGAGGGCCAGGGCGCCCAAGAUGCCUCUCAAGAUGCUCGCCGGAAGGGAUAUCGCUGCGGCUACCGUGUUCCUGAUAAAAGAGAAGGCGAAAGGCGUCGAUAUUGGCCCGAAGCUGGAUGCGCUGACGAAGGGCGCUUGA